CGGAAAUACAGUUUGUGAGUUUACAUAAAUAAUGGCAAUAAACAUGCCGACGCCAUCCGACUUCUGCGGUCGUAGCGCAUCCUUACCUGCGCACCCAACACAUCGUUGCACUUUGAAAUGCGAACGCUUGUCACGUUUUGUCCCUUCAAGACAUUUGGGUCGGCCGUCGGCGCUAAGGGCGUCGACCAGCCAACAAGGAAUUCACGUGCAGAACGGAGGAGCUAAUUUAGCGGAAUUCCUAAAGCCAAGCCCACACGCUACCACCCACAAUUCUGGAGGAAGACACCACUUUCGCGGUAGCGUUGCAUCGCUGGCGCUCGCGGCUUCUCUCAUCCUCUUUGGCGACUCCUCUGCAGCCGUGCAAGCGAGCGAAACCGUGACUCCCAGCAAAGCUUCCCUAGAUGUGCAACAAGCCUAUGACAGGUACUCGUCCAAGUACGACGACCUAGACGGCGGCGUGGCAGCGGAGGUCUUGGGCUUCCCGCAGCUGCGUCAAGCGCUGUUGCAGCAGGCCCAGGGCCGUGUGCUCGAGGUGGCAGUGGGUACGGGACUCAACCUGCCGUACUACCGGUGGGGGGAACCGACAGCAGCAGGAGCAGGAGCGGCAGCAGCAGGAGCGGCUCCAUCGCCUUCACAGCAGCUGCAGCAGUCGCAACCUGGGGAGGAGAAGCAACAGCAACAGCCGACUGGGGAGCCCACCACAUCAGUCGUGUCAACAGCUGCUGCCAACCAGCGAACACCCCCAGCCGCAGCUGCCUCCGCCACUGCUGUUGCUGUUCGGGGUGUAACCUCGCUCGAUGCAGCCGACCUCAGUCCCGGCAUGCUAGACCAGGCGCAACGCCGAGUGGCAGCGGCGGCGGAGCUGUCAGGCCGCCGCAUCUCCUUCGUGCAAGCUGACGUGGCGGCCCUGCCGUACGGCGAUGAGUCAUUCGACACUGUGGUGGACACCUUCAGCCUCUGCGUCUUCCCCGACCCGCAGGCGGCGCUGAGGGAGAUGGCCCGGGUGCUCCGUCCCGGCUCCUCCGGCGGGCGCCUGCUGCUGCUGGAGCACUGCCGCGCCGCCGCCCACCCGCUGCUGGCGGCCUACCAGGACCUCACCGCGGGGGCGGUGGCGGCGCUGGGCAAGGGCUGCGUGUGGAACCAGGACGUGGAGGGCAUGGUGGCGGCGGCGGGGCUGCAGGUGGUGGAGGUGCAGCGGGCGGCGGCGGGGACGGUGGAGAUGCUGGUGGCGACAAAGUAGGGGGCGGGGCAGCAGGCCAGCAGCGGGCGUUGCAGGGGGGCAGCAGUGAUGUGCGGCUGCAUGUCGGAUGCCCAGGGUGUGGUGUAGGGCAGUAGCAGCUGGGUGGGGGGUGACCGGAUGCAUGGUUUGAAACGGCCCUGGGACUCGCCGGUAUUGUGACAUGAGGUUGUUGAGCGCGAGUAGCGCCACCGGGGAAUGAGGUGGAUAUUGGUAGGCAGGAGGGGUUGCUGGUGGCAGCUGUCAGCAAACAAAAGCCGGCUGUUCUGCGGCUGCUGCUGCUAGGCUGCGUGUGUAUCAACGGCAGUAGCAAAGGUGCAACAACUGUGCAUGCGAAAGUAAAAGUUUUUCCCAAGGAGUACCCAGGAGGCAUGGUAGGCUGCCGGGAGGAAAGGGGCUACGGUUGCAUGCUGCGGUCUACAUGACCCAUGGGUCAUCAGGAUGGUGAGAUGGGC